CUGCUCGCGCUCCUAGAGCCGCCGCUUCUCUUGCGCUCCUGCUGCAAUCGGGUCGAGAGUCCCCGGCCCGCCGCCUGAAGGACUUCCGCCUGGCACGCGCGCGUGCUCGCAUUCACAUUGCCCUUCACCGCACGCUCUCACACUCAUCCCCGCUCACACUCAUCACCCUCUCACACACGCGCGCUAACACUUACGGGAGCGCUCCCCCUGGAACGCGCGCUCACACUUCCCCGCUCACACCCCACUCGCGCCCCGGAGCGCUUGCCCUGCAGGGGCGCGCAGGCACCGCCGGCGAGAGCCCGAGGGGACUCACGGCCUCCCCAUGGCUGACCUGAGCUUCAUCGAAGAUUCCGUGGCCUUCCCGGAGAAGGAGGAGGAUGAGGAGGAAGAGGAGGAAGGUGUGGAGUGGGGCUACGAGGAAGGUGUUGAGUGGGGCUUGGUGUUUCCGGAUGCUAAUGGGGAGUACCAGUCUCCCAUUAACUUGAAUUCAAGAGAGGCUCGAUACGACCCCUCACUGCUGGAUAUCCGCCUCUCCCCGAAUUAUGUGGUCUGCCGGGACUGUGAGGUCGCCAAUGACGGGCAUACCAUUCAGGUUAUCCUGAAGUCGAAAUCAGUUCUAUCAGGAGGUCCAUUGCCUCAAGGACAUGAAUUUGAGCUGUAUGAAGUUAGAUUUCACUGGGGAAGAGAAAACCAGCGUGGUUCUGAGCACACAGUAAAUUUCAAAGCUUUUCCCAUGGAGCUCCACCUGAUCCACUGGAACUCCACCUUGUUUGGCAGUAUCGAUGAGGCUGUGGGGAAGCCCCAUGGAAUCGCUAUCAUCGCUUUGUUUGUCCAGAUCGGAAAAGAGCAUGUGGGCCUGAAGGCUGUGACUGAAAUCCUCCAGGAUAUUCAGUAUAAGGGGAAGUCCAAAACAAUACCCUGCUUUAAUCCUAACACUUUAUUACCAGACCCCUUGCUGCGUGAUUACUGGGUCUAUGAAGGCUCUCUCACCAUCCCGCCCUGCAGCGAAGGUGUGACCUGGAUAUUAUUCCGAUACCCUCUGACAAUAUCCCAGCUACAGAUUGAAGAAUUUCGAAGGCUGAGGACACACGUGAAGGGGGCAGAGCUCGUGGAGGGCUGUGACGGGAUUUUGGGAGACAAUUUUAGACCCACGCAGCCGCUCAGUGACAGAGUCAUUAGAGCUGCGUUUCAGUAGCCAAAGAAAACAGGAGCUGAGAGUACGUGUGGGUACUUCAUCUGGGAGGAAGACAAUGGUCCUAUGGUGUCCUUGGAGAAGAAACGGAAACUUUGAGCUGCAGCUUCGGUUUAUCCUCAGAGCCUGCAUUGUUUUCUUCAUCUAAUCCAACUGUGAUGGACAUCUGCGACAGUCGCCUGUACACGAGCUCUAAUGAAAUGUUAGAAAUGGCUGUACAUUCGAGUGGAGCCCCAUAUUCUGUAUCCAUAUCACUGCUGCUAGUAUUCACAUUUUUGCACUUACUGUUUAUUGCUUAUGUGUAGAGGAAAUGAAACUAGUUUUCAGAGUUAUUGUUAAUAUGAAUGCAUAUAUAUCAUGUAUUAACACUGAGACAGGAAAAAUACAUUUCCAGCAUUUGCAGUCCUUCAUUUCCUGUCUCCAACAGAAAAUUUACUCAUUCGGAGAAUAAUGUAAUUCUUGAUAAUAAAAUGAAAGUUCUGAUCAAGAGCAGCACACAGCUUCAAAAUGGAAUGUGAAGGAUUAGUAAAAAUCUUAUCCUGUGUUACUUUUCAACCCUCAUACCAUGAUUAAUGUCAGGGUGAUUUGUUAUAAAACAUAAUUUGGGAGUUAAUGCAAGAACAUAAUACUUUAUAUAUUGCUUUCUUAGACGAUUUAAUUGAAUAUAUGAAUCUAAUUGUACUUGACAUAUGAGAAGCUGUGGUUUCUAGAAAUUUGAGAAAGGUGUAAGAAAUAAAUUGGAUAAAAAGCA